AUGGGGGGAGUUUUGGUCACGAAAUUGGUUUUGAUAUCCUCUUUAGUUUUAAAUGCAAUGUUCAUUUUACGUUGUAGCUCAUUGCAAUCGAACCAUCCAAGACUCGAAGGGAAUGAGAUUGAUAGGCAGGCACUGCUAGCAAUCAAAGCUCAAAUACAACACGAUCCCAACCGGGUCAUGAAAUCAUGGAAUGACUCCAUUCAUUUUUGCCAGUGGCAUGGUGUCACCUGCAGUCAAAGGCAUCAACAGAGGGUCUCAAUGCUCAACCUCAGCUCCCAAGGCUUGGCCGGCUCCAUAUCCCCACAUAUAGGAAAUCUAAGCUUCUUAAGAGUGCUAAAUCUCAAGAACAAUAGCUUCACUCAUCAAAUCCCUCCUCAAAUUGGGCAUUUGCAUAGAUUGCAGGUAUUGCAUCUAAACAAUAACUCACUUACUGGUACCAUUCCUGUCAAUAUAUCCAAUUGCUUCCAACUCUAUUUUCUCAAUCUUGGUGUAAACAAUCUGGUGGGAAAAAUUCCUCUACGACUCGGUUCCUUGUCAAAGCUUCGUACUUUUGUUUUGCAACUCAAUAAUUUAACAGGAGAAAUCCCUCCUUCUUUGGGGAACCUUUCGUCUCUCGAGACAUUUUCUGUAGUUACUAAUAACUUAGAAGGAAGCAUCCCUAGUUCUCUAUGCCAGUUGAAAAAAAUAACCUUUUUCUAUUUAGACUCAAAUAGGUUGUCUGGUAUCAUCCCUUCCUGCAUUUAUAACCUCUCUGGUAUAGUUGGAUUCUCCGUAACACAAAACCAAAUUCAAGGAAGUCUUCCACCAAACUUGAGCAAUCACUACUAG